GCAGACCCCAGCCAGCCACACUUCAAAAUUCGCCUCCGCGUUUGUUUCAAGGAUUUAAGCAACCAAACCCUUCCCAUAAUGUCGGACGACGCCACCACUCCACCAGCUGAGAAUAACGUUGCUCUCCCCACUGAGGCAGGUUGAGAGCGGUGAGGAGGCGUGUCCCGCCGCCGGCUGGAGGGUAGCCUAGCCUAGUGGUGGGGGCCGGCGGGCGGCAGGCGCUCCAUCACGAGAAAAAACCGAACUAGUAUGGCCUCACGAGCCACAGCGGAAGGCGAGGCACUACUGAAGGAGAUGGGCUUUGAGGAUAAGGAGACGCCGGGCCGCAGGAGGACGAGGGCGUCCAUCAGAGGGGACGUGUACACACCACCCGCCAAGAAGGGGAAGAAGGCGCCCACCCCAGGAACUGGACGAAGAGGAAGGCCGCCAAAAAAAACUGAGGAGAAGAAAGAACCAGCUGCUGAGGAAGAGGAGGAGGAGGAGGAAGAAGAGGAAAAGAAGGAAGAAGAGGAAACAAAGAAAGUAGAGAAGGAAGAAGAGACUAAGGAAACAAACGAAAAGGCAGAGGACAAAGAGGAGGAGGAAAAUGAAGCUCCAGCAGAAACGGAAGAACCAGCAAAAGAGACUGAGGAGGCAACAAGUGCUGAUGGAGAGGCAGAUGGAGAAAAGGAGAAGAAAAAGAAGAUAAGGAGGAGAAGGCUGAGUGAAGGGAGUGCAGUCAGCCAUGGUACAAAUAACUACCUGAUGAUUCAUAAAAGUACACAGUAAGGUUGUAAGGUGUUUGUGUGAGAGUUUGUCAGCGCACAGAGAGGCAGGGAAGUGAAGGGCAGCGUGGCCACACCUCAUGGAGCUUCAUCUGAAGGUCCAGCUCUGAAGAUCCACUGUGUCCUUGUGGCUUUAUUGGGGAAUUGUCAUUUUUGUGCCAAAGCAUGUAACUUAAGGGUUGUUAAAAAUUGUAAGAUUGAACUUGUCCAAAAACUUUUACUCAAAGAAUGUAUUUUACAUAUUCUAAAUCUUGUGAAAAAUGGUUUUCUCUUCCAGAUAUUGAAAUAUAAAUUGUCACUUUAAUAUUUUUGAGAUGCUGGUGAUGGCUGAAAAGAUACCUGUGAAAACACCAAAGCCUGACAACUGACAGGACUUGGUGUGAAUAAACAAAGUCUGUGCAAUCAUAUCUUGCUCCAGGGAGAGCACCUCAGUUUCAUACAAAAUGUUUUUGUGUGUAUCAUAGUCUGUACUGAGUGAGUGGUAUUAGGUUGUUUUUAGAAUUUUUUAAUGUGUGUAUACGGAGUGGGAAACAAAUUAGAAGUUUUAUUGUAGGAGACGUGUUGUUUUCUUCAGUCCCCUCUGGCUAUAUUUUCCAGUGGGAGGCCAGAAGGAUGGGUGUUUGACUCAUCAGUUUACUCACCAGGAUCUAUGCACCCUUGUGUAAGGUGAAGCUUCAGUCAGGUUCAGCACUUCUAAGUGUGUAGGACACAGGUGUGGAUGUGACUGUGAAAUUGAAAUGUGAUUCCUUAUUUUUUACUUGUGACUUUAAUACCAACCUGAUGUGUUCCAAUGUACAGGGUGCUGGCAGACUUGGCUUUGCUCUUGGUUCAUGAGAACAUGAUGAAUGUGCAAAGGUACAGUGAGUGCAGUGGCUCCAAGUCAAGAUGCCACACUGAUCUGGCCAUUUACACUGGAUCCAUUCAAUGUCAUUAUAUAUGAAAAUUUUGUUCAAAGCUUUAAACGUGUGGUGUAAAGUUACUUUAAAAAAUGUGAAGAUUUAAUUCUUGCUCCUUAGGAGUUGUAUUAGUAAAUUAUAGGUAAUGUGAAAUUUUAAAUUUACAAUGAGAAAAAAUUAUGAAUUGAGUUCCUAUUUUAAUGAGACCCACAGCUCUGUGGGCCACCAGGCUAAGGUUAUGUGUUGACAUGAUUGUGUAAUGUUCUCAUUCCAUUAAAUAAUUUAAGAGGAUUACACAAGUAAAGCAAUUUGUAGCACAUGUAAGAUUUAUAUUUUGUUCACAACAAAAUUUUAGUAGUGUGAGCAUUGCAUAGUGUGUAUCACUAAUACAUGACCCUGGUUGGUGUGAUGGGGAUGGUAAAGCUGGAUUGUGGGGUCACUAAGCCACCUCAACAAUACCUCUCAAUUUUGUUAUAUAACAUGGGGAAUUUUGUAUGAACACAGUUACUUUUACAAGCAUAGAAUUUUCAAACCUUCCUUUCAAA